CAGGAACUGGCUGUGCAGUGACGGGGAUAGACAGAGCGAUAGACGACACAAUACUCGUGGGGAUCCCAGGUCGAGUCUGUGAGUGUUUUGAAUCCUCCGCCACAUGGAUCCAACGAACCUGCAGAAAGCCAUUGCCAUGGCACAGAAGGCCUCAGUGGAGGAUGAGGCCGGGAACUACGCGGAGGCCAUCCUCUCCUAUCAGCACGCUGUCAAGUACUUUCUCCACAUUUUGAAACGUGAACCUCAGGGUAAAGAUGGCAACCAGAAGAUCAGAGAUCGGUGCAAACUGUACCUGGACAGAGUGGAGGAACUGCAGAAGUACCUCGAGAAUAAAGAGAAAGCCAUCGAUCUUGCCAGCAAGGCGGCUCAGGAGGAUAAAGCUCAGAACUACGAGGAGGCUCUGCGUCUCUACCAGGCUGCUGUUCAGUACUUUCUUCACGUGGUGAAAUAUGAAGCACAGGGCGAUAAAGCUAAACAUAGCAUCCGGGCGAAGUGUGCUGAAUACUUGGACAGAGCUGAGAAGUUGAAGGAGUAUCUAAAGAAGAAAGAGAAAGCUCCUCCUGUUAAGCCUGUCAAAGAGUCACAGUCUGAUGACAAAGGGAAUGAAAGCGAUGAAGGUGAUGAUCCUGAGAAAAAGAAGUUCCAAAAUCAGCUCUCAGGUGCAAUUGUUAUGGAGAAACCAAACAUCAAAUGGAGUGACGUCGCUGGUUUAGAAGGAGCCAAGGAGGCGCUGAAAGAAGCCGUUAUUCUUCCAAUCAAAUUCCCCCACCUUUUCACUGGAAAGAGAACUCCAUGGAGAGGGAUCUUACUCUUUGGACCUCCAGGCACAGGCAAGUCCUAUCUAGCUAAAGCUGUUGCCACGGAGGCAAACAACUCAACGUUCUUCUCCAUCUCCUCGUCCGACCUCGUCUCUAAAUGGCUCGGAGAGAGUGAAAAAUUGGUUAAGAAUCUUUUCACCCUUGCGAGGGAACACAAUCCUUCCAUCAUCUUCAUCGAUGAGAUUGACUCGCUGUGUGGAUCAAGAAGCGAGAACGAGAGUGAGGCCGCUCGGCGUAUUAAGACAGAAUUCCUGGUUCAGAUGCAGGGUGUGGGGAAUAACAAUGAGGGAGUGCUGGUACUCGGGGCAACAAACAUCCCGUGGACCCUAGACUCAGCCAUCAGAAGAAGAUUUGAGAAAAGGAUCUACAUCCCACUGCCUGAAGAGCACGCCCGCUCCUUCAUGUUCAAGCUCCACCUGGGAUCGACUCCCAGCAGCCUCAGUGAUUCGGACUAUGUCACUCUGGGCAAGAAGACAAACGGAUACUCUGGAGCAGAUAUAAGUGUCAUCGUCAGAGAUGCUCUAAUGCAGCCAGUUCGAAAGGUCCAGUCAGCAACUCACUUCAAACGGGUACGAGGCCCAUCCAGGACAGACCCCAACGUUAUUGUUGACGACCUCUUGACUCCUUGUUCACCUGGUGAUCCCAACGCAGUUGAAAUGUCGUGGAUGGAUGUCCCCGGGGAGAAACUAUUGGAACCUAUAGUAUGCAUGUCUGACAUGCAGAGGUCUCUGACUAGCACGAAGCCAACAGUCAACGAUCAAGAUCUGGACAAACUGAAAAAAUUUACAGAAGACUUUGGACAGGAAGGCUAAGUGGGAUGAAUCGGCCAAGACAACCAAAGCAGUGGAAUUGGGAUUGUCUCUCUUUACUGUCCCUGUCCCUUUUUUUUUUGUCUCUCUCUGUUUCAUCAUGAAUAUUCACCAGACCAGGUGGUUUCUCAUAAACGGCAAGAUUACUGCUCUGUUCUGCAAAUCUGAUAACCAUGCAAAGGACCCUAGUGUCCAAAAAGACCACUUACAUCUACAGCUAAUCUGAUGAAAUAAUCAAGACCUCACUGGGGAAUUUAGAGGGUUGUUUGACUUACGCACUAAAGGCUAAAGGUAUUAAUGAGCAGAAUACCCAAGCAGCUUAUGGAAACCAACAGAAGAUUUACGCAACCAUCUAUUUUCGGUUAGGACCGUAUCAUGCACCUUCAAUUUCUAGUCAAUGCAUCACACCAGAUAAAUAAAUACCCUUAUAUAUAUCCUCUUUUGUAUUGAAAUAACAAGCAUUUUAUAAUGUAUACUGUACUUUUUGGAAUAUAUACAUGUUGGACUGGGAAUGUGAAGCUGGGGGCAUAAAUUCACAGAAUUUGUGUAGGUGAAAUACAUCAUUCUCGUCUCAAGGUGGUAGAGAUUAAAGCAUUGGAGACAGAAGUACUCAGGAUGAGAGCUGCGUGAGGUUCUGUGGCGGUUUUGGAUUGCUAACAAAGUUCCAAACAAAUUUCCAAACUCUGUUGUCAUUUGAAUCCAACACAGAUAUUUGGGUGAAUAACCAGUGGUGCUGUACCAAAAUUAUUCUACCCUUUUAUUCCUGACAGACUCGAUAGCUUUGAAUUACUCUGUCUCUGAACUCAUGGUUUGUUCUUUUCCCUCCCUGUCGACAGGCUUUGCUAAUUAUCCAUAAUACAAACAGAGAAAAAACUAAGCCUUAAUUUAAGUCACAUUGCAAAUUUCAAUUUAAAAUGCCUGAGAUGUUGAAGCUGGACACUGGUGGCUCAGGUGAAGACUUAAUUUUCUCAUACACUAAAAAAAAACAGGAGCGCAUCUCCAAGCAUGGAGUAUGUGUAGCCGUGAGUGGCAAUGUGCACCAUGUGCCUUCCAGAAAAGCUGCGAAUGCUUUUUUUUUCCUCUUUUUUUUAAAUUUAGGUUUAUUUCUAAAUUGGUCAUACUGCUUAUAUGAGUGCUUUGUCACUACAACUAAGAAAUGUAUAAUACUUGCAUAUUUCAUGUAAGCUCUUUUAGAGAUUGUUCACAGCUGCACUCUUUAGCUCAUAAGGUGUGCAAACUUGAUGGUAAACAAACUCUUAUUUUACUGUAAAUGUAUGAAUUUAUAGCCAACUCUUCAGUGUUUUCUUUGUGAAGAGGUGCAUACGAUUUUCUCUUUUUCAUUUCCAUCAUGUAAAUAAAGGUUAUAGUUAUGUCAAGAA